AUGCAUUUUGAACAAAUACCUAUUCCCAAAAAUGCCGCAGCAUCGCCUCGCAGGGUCAAGACAAUCACUCGAAGAAGAUUAGUAACACCAAUGAGUACUUCACCAACUCCUUACAACUUAGAAAUGGUAUCCUCUACCACAUCAUCAAAACAAAUAAAUAGCAAUUCUAGAGUAUCUAGCACAACUCACAAAUCGGUAAAAUUAGCGUCCAAACCAGAGAAAGCCAGUACUGCUACCAAUCUUCAACCUAAGAAUAAUCUAAAAGCCGGUAAUGCUAGAGUUUCGAAGGCCAUACAAAAUGAGGUGGAAGCAACUACUGUCAAAAUUACUCCAACAUCAGUUAGACCACCUACAAGACGUGACACAUUCACAUGCCCACCAUCCAACAAUUGGCAACUCUUCGCAUUGUUCUGCGGACGAGAUGCAGACUGUUACCACAUGGGAAAUAGUUGGCUUUGCUGCCGUGGAAGAUGCCUUCAGGGCAAAGAAAAACAGCGAGCCGAAAUAAAACAUGAACCUUUAAGAGCAGCUGCAUCUUACCUUCAAUGUACCCCACCACCUCCUCCAGUCAUAGAUUUCAACCCAACACCAUGCAAUUCAACGGCAGACUGUUUUCCAAAUCUUUGUUGCCAAGAGAGAGGCAAAAAACAUUGUAGACCGCCACAGAAAAAUAUCAUUUCUUUGCUAGCUAGUAUGACACAGAGAUUUGGAAGCGGAAUUUGGAAAAUGAUACAAGUGUCUUCAAGUCCUCAACUAAACAAUUUAUAG